AGCAACAUUGUGUUGUUUUGGUAACGUCAAGUCAAAUUUCACUGUCAUAAACAUAAGGUCCUGGUGUGUUUUGUAUAUAAUUUCAAUAAAAUAAUUUGAGUUAUUUGUGGUAUAAUUAGGUACAAAAAUAGUACCAUUGCAAUUAGCACUUAUUAUAUUUUCUAACGUAUCGUAAAAAUGGCUCGCGGCAAGGAUAAGAAGAAACGUAAAUUGGAGAAGAAGCAAGAGGGAGAUGAUGUUCCAAAGAAAGUACCGCAUACAUUGGAAAGUUUGCGAGAGAAAGAUGAAACAAUGCUUGCUAAUGUCGAUGAAGAGGAAAAGGAAGAGGCACAAAAAGACAUGGAAUUGGACGAAAUGUCAUCAUACUUUCAAAAUGCAUAUGAGCCUAAAGUUCUUAUCACAUAUUCAGACAACCCACACACAAAGACUAGGAUAUUUGGCAAAGAACUUAUGAGGAUUAUACCAAAUUCCUUAUCUAGAUAUAGACAGAGAUCCUCAGUAAAACGUAUAGUGCAAUCAGCAAUAAGAGAAAGUUACACAGAUGUAGUGAUAGUAAAUGAGAAUCAGAAGCAGCCAAAUGGAUUCCUGCUUAUACACCUGCCCAGCGGACCCACUGCUCACUUCAGACUGUCCAGCUGCAAGAUCACACCGGAGUUGAGAAAAGACUAUAAAGAAAUCACUAAUCAUAGGCCUGAGGUGAUAUUGAACAACUUUAGCACGCGGCUGGGUCUGACUGUGGGCCGCAUGUUGGGCGCGAUGUUCCAUUACGAGCCGCAGUUCAAGGGUCGGCGCGUCGUCACCUUCCACAACCAGAGAGACUACAUAUUCUUCAGACAUCACAGAUACGAAUUUACAUCAGACGGCAAACGCGCAAAGCUGCGUGAGCUCGGACCUCGCUUCACUCUCAAGCUGGUUUCCCUGCAGCAAGGCACCUUCGACUCCAAGCACGGCGACUACGAGUGGAUCAUCGCCGGACGCAGGCACUUCAUGGAAACUUCCAGAAGAAAAUUCUUUUUAUAAAUUAAAAAACAAAAAAGAGAUCUUUGUUAAACAAAAUAAAAAAAUACUGACCGAAU